ACUCAUUUUCUUAUCUGUUUCUGUAAUGGCUGGCUAGUGACUAUUUUGCGUGGUGGGAUUUGUGAUUUGUUUGAUAGCAUUUGAUUGUCGUUUUUCAUUACAAUCCGUACUGAAUUCACAUAAAAUGAAGUCUAAAAAGCGACACCAGUCAUCAUCAGAAGAGUCGGAGGAAUCUGAAGCUAGCGUGGAAUCAAAGAGUUCGUCUGAGAGCGACAGUGAAGAAUCCUCGGCGUCAGAACACCGGCACAAGAAAAAAAGAAAACGUGCUGACUCCUCAGAUUCAGAGAGCGAUUCCGACGACCAGAGGCGUUCAAAGAAACGGAAACAUAAGAAAAAGAAAAAGAAACAUGGUAAAAAGAAAAGGCGUUCAGAGUCUCCCGAGGAAAAUCAGUCUGUAGAGGAAGUUUCUUCCGUCAGCGAAGGUGAAAUCUCUCCAAAAAAAAAGAGAAAACACAAGCAUAAGCACAAACAUUCUAAAAGAGCGCGCAGCUCCUCUGCUAGUGUAAUAAUUGAAGAAGAGGAGCCAACGGAACGGCGUCUGCAUAGCGUCGUUAAGGAGCGCCGUGAAUCGUCAGAAGAACGCGGCCAGCCUCGAACUUAUUACCCGCGAGACUAUCAUCAGUCAACAGCGGAAAGUGUUGAGAGGGAUCGGGAAGUGCAGCGGUUUUAUCGGGGCUCCAGCAAAGAGCGCAGAUACCAGGAGCACUACCGCUAUACCCAUGAACGCAAUGACAGAUUCCAAUAUGACAAACAUAAAUAUAGUGAGAAAUAUGACCAGACUCAUUCCAAUGAGGAGGAUUACAGUCAAAGGCAGAGACAUUAUGAUGAAUAUAAAAGGAACCAAAGGUAUGAAGAACAUCGGUCACCUGUAGAAGAAUACCAGAAACGUCCCAGAGAUGAUAAUUACCAUUCCAGGGAGGACCCUAGAGGGUUCAACCGUUACAACCAACAUGAGGACAGAAGGCCUAAGCGACCCGACUACGACAAUGGCAGGGAUUACAGGGAAAGGAGACCGCCUCCCGAAGAACGCUACCGCGAGAGGGAAUAUCCGGACAAGAGGGAAAGGUUCAGGGAAGAAGGAUAUGUCUCUGAAAGGCCCCGCGACGGACGCCGCGACCGCCCCUUCCGGCCGGAGCCGAAGCCCUUCCCUCCGCACCACAGGGAGCAGUCUCGAUCCCGAAGCCCGGAGCCGCGCUACAAGAGCCAGGAGCGGCGCCGGCCCGACGAGCGCGCCAAGUCCGGCCUCCGCGACGAGCGCCCCGAGCGGCCCGCCGACUCCAAACCUCCCAGGGAUAGGAAGUCCAGAUUCACAAACGUCGACGAGAAAGAUUACACGUGGGGCAAAGCCGAAGCGGGCAAGGAGGCGGCCGCGCCCGGCGACAAGGAGAAGCCCAACUUCGGGCUGUCGGGCAAGCUCACGGCCGAAGCCAACACCGUCAACGGCGUCGUCAUCAAGUACGCCGAGCCCGAUGACGCCAAGCAGCCCAAGAGGCGGUGGAGAUUCUACCCCUUCAAGGGCGACAAGGCUCUCCCGAUCCUGUACAUCCACCGGCAGUCGUGCUUCCUGAUCGGGCGCGACAAGAAGGUGGUGGACAUUGCGCUGGAGCACCCGUCCAUCAGCAAACAGCACGCCGUACUGCAGUACCGCUGCACGCCCUUCACGCGGCCCGACGGCACGCAGGGUCGCCGUGUGAGGCCCUACGUCAUAGACUUGGACUCGGCAAACGGCACAUUCGUGAACAACAAGAAGGUGGAGGCGCGGCGCUACGUGGAGCUGCUGGAGCGCGACGUGGUCAAGUUCGGGUUCUCGGCGCGCGAGUACGUGCUGCUGCACGAGAACAGCAAGGACGACGCGCAGGACGACGACAACCAGGAGCCCGCCGCCGCCGUCGCCACCACCGACCAGAUCAAGCGCGAGAAGCGCGUCAAGCAGGAGGUGGUCGAGGACGGCGAGUAGGUGAGCCAAGCUACGUUACAUGGGUGAAUCGACUUUUUCUUGUCGUCGCCUAGGACACUCUUUCAAUUUCUCGUUUUGUGGCAUACACAUAACAUGUAUUUGUGUGGUAGUUAUAAACUAAGUUAUAAGCCCUUUCCACGAUGGAUAGAGGUAGGCAGAUAGCUACCAAGCACGAUAAUACAUAUACAGAUGUAGUGCAUAAUUGUUUUCCAUCGUAUUUUCUCGGAAACGAUCGUAUUUGUCAUGCUACUUCAGUCAACGUCAGUACUUUUUGUACCGAGACUGACUGAAAUAGCGAGACACGUUGGUACGUUUCCGUGAAAAUACCAUAGAAUUAGAUGACAAAGAACAACUGUCAAUCUUCAAAAGUGUGACCAAAAAUGAAAUGCAAGUGUGUGCGCAAACUGUCUAUGUGAGAUCAAAAAUAGUGAUGUCAUGUUACAACAUAUUAAUAAUCUGUCGAUGUUUGAUUGCUUUAUCGACUACUUUUUCAAAUGUGUUAUUUUUAACAUUAAAAUUCUACGACAUUAUGGCGUAUAAAUAACACUUGCACUGCGUUUGCCAUCAAAAUCGUUGCAGACUUAUCUUAAUGUAACUCUCACUGUGACUGUGUUGCAAAGUGAAGUUAUCAUGACACGCUAAACAUGAACACCUUCAAAAAGGUAUAACAAUCGUUAUUAUCUGAAGUCUGUUAUAAAAGCUAAUAUCUUAAUGAUGUCUUGUGAAGAAAUAAUUACAUAGCUAUUAAUAUACCGACAAGUUAUCGAUACUGUCAUAUGAACAUUUUGUCAAGCCCUAGCGUAAACUAACAGUUUAUGUUUUUACACAAAAUAUCCUAAAUUAUUGACUAAUAUGAUAAAAUAU